UCAUAUUUUAAUGUAUAAAUUCCUCUGUUUUAGCUUUGAUCAUUGCUUCAGCUACACUUGAACUGGAGAGAAAUCAGAAAUAAAGGUGUAAGAUGAUAGAUUGGAUAUGUUUUUAUGAUGGAGUAGAAAACCCUAAAAACUGCUGACAUUUGACAUUCUAUGAUCAAGGAACAAAGUCUGGAUGCUUGCUUCCAAACUUUGAUGGAAUGCCUUCACAGAUCCAAUUCUCAACAAAUUCUAGAACAGUUCUAGAACUGAACUGAAAGAAUCAUCAUAAGGAGACUGAAACUGACCAAUUCCAUAACAACAUUUUCCCCUGAAGUCUUAAGUUUUUCUCAUGGGGAAUAUACCCAGGAAAGGAAGCAGAGACCAGGUGGUUGACAGUGCCAAGUCCCUGGAAGAUGGCCCAUCUGCAGCACUUCACUGGAAACUCUAUGAAGCCAUCAUGAGAGAAGACUGCACUACAAUCGAGGUACUCCUGAGAUAUCACCCUGUCAACCAGCCCAUCACCAUUCUGCCCAACUCCACCAGCAACAGAUUACUUCUGAGCCAGCCGACAGAGUCUAUCAUCCCCAUCCAUCUGGCUGCCAAGUACCACAAGGCCCAGAGUCUGCUCUGCCUGUUACGGCAUGGGGCUGACCCAGAAGUCAGUACCCAUUCUAGGGACACAACAGGCCUCACCACACUCAACUUAAUGCUACUGCACUGGCCGGUCACUUCCACCACGUGGGCAAAACCAGGCAACAGAAUGCACAGGAUCCUAACAGACAUUCAGAAUAGCGCCAUCGCAUGUCUCCGCAUCUUGUGUGCGCAUGGAGCUCAAGUUAAUGCUCAAGGGGAAAUCAGCAACAAAAGUUCACCACUCCACCUGGCCAUAGCAUAUGGUUGCUAUCCAGUUCUCUCCAUUUUGGCCCAAAAUGGUGCCGAUGUCAAUGCUAUUAAUGAAGCCAGCAUGACACCCCUUCACAUGGCCGCAAACAUGCUGAAUAAGGAGAUGAUGGAAGUGCUCAUUGCCUAUGGAGCAAACGUCAACUGUGCUGUCCCUUCCACGGGGAACACGCCCCUGAAGCUUGCAGUGUGCACUGCAUCAAGCAAAGCAGGCCGACUCCUCGGGGCAGGGGUCAGCUGCAUCCAUCUGCUGCUCACUCAUGGAGCCAAAGUCAACGCCCAGGACUACAAAGGCCAAACAGCCAUCCACGAGGCAUGCUUUGGAGGCAGAGAGGCAAUCAUCAAUCUCCUGCUUGAAUUUGAAGCAAAUGUUAACAUUUUAACAAGAAACGGGGAAUCUCCAAUUUACAUGUACCUUCAGCGCAGUUUCAAUUUAAGAGAUACGGCACUUCUGGCCAGGCUACUUUAUCACACUUAUCCUCUGAGAAUGACCAAUAACCAAGGAAUUCUACCUGCAGGAAUCAUGCUACCAGAAUUCCGCCUCUUAAGGGACACCCUAAUAAAGCAAUCGCGAAAACCUUUAUCCCUACAGGAUAUCUGCAAAAGAAACAUCAGGAAUAUUUAUGGUGAGAAAUACAAAUGGCACUUGAAGCAAUUCCUCCCAGUGACGAUAUGGAAUUCUGUCUACUGCUGUUAUGACUUGGUAUAUACCUCUUGAAAUAAGACCUCCCAGUUUCACAGCAGCAAGGACUUUCAGCCACUCAAACUGCAUUUUCUGGCUAGACAUGUCCCAGAAAAUGCUUCACCUAUCACCUAUGACAUCCCAAAUGUACAAACUACUGGUUCUUGAACAUGUUCCAAAAAAUAAAGUGAUUUGCCUAUUAA